UAUUCGACGCCGCGCGUUCGCAGUGUAGACAGCUGCGUUGUUGCGUCGCGUCGCAUGCGGUGCGGUGCAUUCAGGGUGUUACUGCGCCACCAUUUAUAAGUGCAUUCUAGUGCACGGCAAGUGGAUUAAAUUUUCUCUACUGCACCACGAACUCCUUCCAGAACUGUGAUGGGAACGAUUUUUAACCUAUAGCCACAUUUAACCUUUAGUGGCACACAAAGCCACCGCAGGAGACGCAGACUCGGUGUUUGACAGAAGCAUGGCUGAGCGCGGGACGUGCGCACCUCUCAUAGCCUACAUCACAGCGCGCCUUUACCUGGAGAAAAGAGGGAAUAUUUGACUGAAUGAGAAGGCGAUGGACAGCCGGACCGAGAAUCCGACGAAGGCAGCGGGCUACCUGAAGGAGCUGAACAAGAUCAUAGAGACCCAGCAGACGCUGCUGGAGCGGCAGAAGAGGCGCAUCUUUGAGCUGGAGCAGCAUGUGUCCGAUCUGUGCGCCGAGAACAGCCGCCUGAGACAAGAGUACCAGCGGCACCUGCUCACCUGCAGACUGCGCUCCAUCCAGGAAAACAGCCCGCAACAGCAGUCAGAAUAUAGCAGUACAAGAAUCGUCAGAAGACAUGCCUCUCUUCCUGUGGAAAUGACAGACAGGCCCAGCAGCCUCAGAUCAGCCGUGUGCAGGAGAACUGUGCCGUGCCGACAGUGGAAGUCUGCAUCCUUCGGUGUGGAGGGGAAUGUUCAAAACAGUGAGCCCGGCCCUUCCUUGGACACCAGCGUAGGAUAUGGCCAUGGCCGAGGCCCUGUCACACACAGUUCUUCCUUGAGUCCGGACCAGUUUGAAAGCCCAGUGUACGGCCACAGCGUCCAGCCAGGCCCACAGCGCCCGCAGCGGCCCAAACUACAGCACUCUCAAUCCAUCCUCCGCAAGCAGGCCGAGGAGGAGGCCAUCAAGCGCUCGCGCUCCCUCUCUGAGAGCUAUGAGCUCUCCACAGACCUGCAGGACAAGAAGGUGGAAAUGCUUGAGCGGAAAUACGGAGGCCGUUUCAUAACCCGCCAUGCAGCGCGCACCAUCCAGACAGCUUUCCGCCAAUACCAGAUGAACAAGAACUUUGAGCGCCUCAGGAGCUCGAUGUCGGAGAACCGCAUGACCCGCAGGAUCCUUCUGUCCAACAUGAGGAUGCAGUUCUCCUUCGAGGGGCCUGAGAAAGCCCACGGCUCUGUUUUGGAGGGGAGGCAGAUGUCUCUCCUGGACGAUGUCAGCCAAGUAGGAGGCAUGGUGCAGGCCGCAGAGAUGGUUCCUGUCAUUUUGGAAGCCCCAGAAACUCAAAACGACUUGACAGACACAAUCACAGAGCUAGAAGACACUUUCUCCAGGCAAGUGAAGUCACUGGCGGAGUCGAUUGACGAUGCACUGAACUGCCGUAGUCUGCACAAAGAGGAGACGCAGCCCGAGCAAGUGGUUUGUCAGGAGAGCAAGCAUCAGGAGAAUGAGAUCUGCGACGUGACGCUCUUCAUCGAUGAAGAGGAGCUCUCUCCGCUGGUCCAGCUGUCCACGGACGCCAGGGAUGAGAAGCUGGACACAGACACUCCUUCCCUCGAGCGCCAGGGGCCAGACUUACCCCUGCUGACCAUCGAGCCUCCCAGUGACAGCACAGCAGAUACAAGCCAUCGCUCUGAGCAAGGUUUGGUCCAACCGCUAAACAUUCACCAGCGCACCGCAGCCGGACCCCGUCCCAAACCAAGGCUUCCUUCCAGAGUGCCCUCGCUCUCUGGAGACGAAGAGCCGCUUCGACACCGACAGCUGGAGAGCCACCUGGCCACCAAUGGCAAGCGGCAGAGCAAGUCCGAGUCAGACUUCUCAGAUGGAGACAAUGACAGCAUCAACAGCAAUUCAAACUCCAUUGACACGAUAAACUCAGAAUUGUCGUCCAGAGACGAACAGAGUCUCAGCAAGCAGACGUACCACAAAGACACUCGCAACAGCUGGGACUCUCCGGCCUUCAGCAGCGAUAUCAUGCGCAAGAGGCAAUACCGCAUCGGCCUCAACCUCUUCAAUAAAAAGCCAGAGAAGGGCAUCCAGUACCUGACGGAGAGGGGCUUUGUUCCUGACACGCCCGUGGGUGUGGCCCACUUCCUGCUGCAGAGGAAAGGCUUGAGUAGACAAAUGAUUGGAGAAUUUCUCGGGAACAGACAGAAACAGUUCAACAGGGAUGUUUUAGACUGUGUGGUGGAUGAGCUGGAUUUCUCAGUGAUGGAGCUGGAUGAAGCUUUGCGGAAAUUCCAGGCUCAGAUCCGGGUUCAGGGCGAGGCACAGAAGGUGGAGCGCCUGAUCGAGGCUUUCAGCCAGCGCUACUGCAUCUGUAACCCUGAUGUGGUGCGUCAGUUCAGAAACCCUGACACCAUCUUCAUCUUGGCUUUCGCCAUCAUCCUCCUCAACACAGACAUGUACAGCCCGAACGUCAAGAUGGAACGCAAGAUGAAACUUGAGGACUUCGUCAAGAAUCUGCGAGGGGUUGAUGAUGGCGAGGACAUCCCUCGGGAGAUGCUGGUUGGGAUUUACGAGCGGAUCCAGAAGAAGGAACUCAAAACCAAUGAGGACCACGUGUCUCAGGUGCAGAAGGUGGAGAAACUCAUUGUGGGCAAGAAGCAAAUGGGAUCACUUCACCAUGGCCUUGGAUGUGUGCUGUCUCAGGCUCAUCGCAGGCUGGUGUGCUACUGCAGACUGUUUGAGGUCCCAGAUCCCAACAGACUGCAAAAACUGGGGCAGCACCAGCGAGAGAUCUUCCUGUUUAAUGACCUGCUGGUGGUUACCAAGAUCUUCCAGAAGAAGAAAAACUCAGUGACGUAUAGUUUCAGGCAGUCUUUCUCUCUGUACGGGAUGCAAGUGAUGCUCUUUGAGAACCAGUACUAUCCAAAUGGUAUCCGGCUGACUUCAGCCAUUCCUGGCGCAGACUUCAAAGUCCUGAUCAAUUUCAAUGCUCCCAACCCUCAGGACCGCAAGAAAUUCACCAGCGACCUGCGAGAGUCCAUCGCUGAGGUCCAGGAAAUGGAAAAGUACCGGAUAGAGUCUGAGCUGGAGAAACAGAAAGGAGUGGUCAGACCCAGUAUGUCUCAGAGCAUGUCGGGCCUAAAGAAAGAGAGCGGAAACGGCACCAUGGGCCGCACUAGUCUGGAUGACACGUACGCCAUGGGGGAGGGGCUAAAGCGGAGCGCGCUCAGUAGCUCCCUGCGUGACCUUUCUGAAGCAGGGCUCCAUCUUUAGCAGUCCUCCUCAGCGCCAGAGAGACCCUUUCUUCCAGAAGCAUCUGUUUCCUGACAGACACAGCGCUCCAGAUUCCCUCCUUGGGUCACUCUUUCAAAGCAUUCGGGUCAAGCGCUUCGUCUUGGGCAAGCCAUCCGCCCUAUCACCACGCCCCACUACAGCACCCAGCCGUAUCUCUUCAAACAGCUCUCAGAGAGCAGCACAUGAUCAGCAAACACAGACCCUGCGCUAUCAGCACGCUGGUGUGAGCUUCAAACAGACACUAGCCAACCCCAACAGUGCAAAAACAGCCUCUGUGUUUGAUGUCUCUCACUCUUAUUUCAUUCUGCCUACGGGUGAAUGGCACAAGAUUAGAAGAAGAAUUUAUAUUUUGCAUAAGGAAUACCAAGGACCAUUAAGAUAUAUUGCAUUGUUACAUUUUAUUUAUUUUUAUUUUUUUUCUGUAAUGCAUUUUAAAGUUAUUAUUAUUAUCAAAUAGUUUUUAGUCUGUUCCUGGAAAACAUAGUAAAGUAACGAUAUUUCAGUUAAUAUUAGCAUACAUUAAAGCCAGUUACCAUGCUGCACAAAUAUUUUUACAUUGAAAUAAAGCAUAGGUUGUUUUUUUUCACAUUGCAGUGGUAUGGUUCUAAUAGAAAUCAAAGUUUUGUAUUUAUUUAUUUAUUUAUUGAGAAUUGUGUUUAAUAUCAGCAAAAAAAUCUUAAUGGUCCUAAAUAUGGGUUUUUGUUGCCUUUAUGCAAAAUAUGAUAUUUAUUUUCCUGAUUUCUUUGACUGGUUUCGUUAAAUUUGCCUUGCAGAGGUUAUAAAAACAAACAAAAUAGUGGGUUUGCUUGUAUUCAAACAUUGUGUUUUUGAGGCUGACUCAUUCAAACUAGCAGAAUGACAGAGUAGAUUUGUUGAUAAAAUUCGCUGUAUUUGUUGUAGAUGACAGCUCUACAUGUUGUCUUAACGAUCAUUAAUGAACGUGCCAAUGACCAUCGCACCACUAUGUUUCGUGUGUAGUACAGUAGUACAGUAGUGUAACUGAAACCAUUGUAAGCAAAAAGCGAUGUUAUAGAAUACUAUAAAAGACGUAUUCACAACUUUUUGAGAACAAUAUCUCGGUCAGUUUGAGUGGAAGUCAUAUUUAAAGAAGUAUGCUAAUAGAAACCUUCCAUGUGAUCUAUUAUAAAGCGAUUUUGAAGCACAAAUGCAGUAUCAUGUGGCACUUUGAACUGCUCAACUACAGUGAAGUUGUACAGCAUCAUAUGAAUCUCACAGACUUACAGUUAAGGGUUUUGAGGAGAUGUUAAAAUACGUUUGCAUGCCUGGAGUCAUUUUUUGAUUUUGGUUUUUGAGGGCCAGUGAUGGAAUUAUUUUUCUAUUUUCUCGUUUGUUUUUAAGUGCAAUAUGUUUGUCAUGAUGACGUCGUCAUGGCUAAAGCAUCUUUACUAUUACUUCAUCAUAGCGGCGUAGAGAUUCUCAUCAAACUAGUGUUUUUACGUCGAAUGAAACGUCAAAGUGAUCGGCUAGGCUUUAACUGUGAUUUGUUAUUGAUGUUGUUCUUGGGUGUUUAUUUAUUAUUGAAAAUAAACCAGUGUUACCAUGGCAAUGAAGUGCAAUCAUGUAAAAAGUACUCUUCUUUUUUUACUUUUAAACAACCAGGAGAUUGUUUCAGGUGAAUAUUAUGCAAGCAUCUGUAUGUUUAGAGGAAUGUAUAUCUAGAAAUGAACUUUUAGUCUGUGAAGUGAGGCAAAUGAAAACGAUUGUUGAAAAGAUGCAAUCUGAUCAGAUAUAUAAGCUGAUAUUUUUCGAUUUGUUUUUCAGGAUCAAAAUUUUGUAACCUCUGAGCACGUUUUCAUGACCCCAAACCAAAGCAUUAGGUUUUCUUUUCAACAUAUCACAUAUAUUGAGUGCAAUAUUCAUUCUGAUGUACUAAAGUCAACCAGAACAGACUAAACUAAAGACUAAACUAACCCUGUUUAGGUUCCUCGUGUUAAAUUCAAAGAAAAAAGAACUGUCUUCGUAUUCUUUCUAUUUAUAAAAGUCAUUGCACCCUUUUAUUUCUCGACCCCGCUCCUUCAAUCACCUGCCAUUUUUACAAGCUGAUCAUUUCUUGAUGAAAAGAAGUAAGGUUAUCCAUGUUUAAUAUCCUGUUUUUGCAAGUAAAAUGGGUUUGUUAAUGUUGUUUCAUGUUGACUUUAAGAAGAAAAAAAUGCAAAAGCUCCUGCAUUUAUAUUACUUGCAAAGUAAAUGUUUCCAAAGAUUUUUGUUCUGCAUAAAAUAUUAACAAUGUCAGAAGAUAUUCUGAUAUUUUGAUUGACAGAUGAAGGACUGAAGGUUCAAAUGCAUCGUUGUUUUUUUGUCCACCGCGAGCUGAACACUCAGCCUUAACUCUUUUAUUUCACUUUACCUCUCAUUCUUAUUAUUCUGUAUAUUUCUUAUUCUGUUUUUAUGUGUUUCAUCAUUUCAUGUGCUUGACCUGUUGUUCUGUACUGUGUUGUGUGUAACUGCAGAUAAUGCAACUCAUCCAUGUAAAAGAUGGCAUAAAACGAUCCUGUCCCGCCAUUUGCCCACGUAAAGAGGGCUUGUAAAGACACAUUUGAGCAGUAAUAAAUAUAGUAGGGGACCAAGUUAGGCACCAUUGUGUAUAUAGCGUGUACAGUAUCCUGACUGCAUAAUAUGACGUCUAUCUUUAAAUGAGAGGUGUGUUUUACUGUGCAUUACUGAAACAGACUGUCGAGAUCCUCUGUCUGGAUGUUUUUCUCCUCACAGGCUGCUAUCACACUGUCCCAAUCAACCACUCUGAGAAAUAGGUCAUGAUAAAGGGCAUUGGUUUAUUUUGUUGUUGUAGAACAGAGAAUGCUUGUCUUUUGAGAUUUUAUUUUAUGUGAUGGUUAUCUAUGUCAGUGUACAGUCAAUGUAAAACUCAAACUGUGAUGACAUUCAGAACAUAAAAUAAAACAAUUAUAUGAUACGUA